UAAGUAUGAGUUAUAAAUUGCGUUGUACUGCAGUUGAGGUAGAUGAGCGUCUGCGAAUGCAAUUACAUCAAAAGCAGAACGAUGAUGUGAACACAAAUAAAGAUACAAAUAACUUUUCAGAGAACUUUCUAAAUAUUAAACAAAAGAUUAUAGACGAGGAGAACGGUCUGCAUUAUCAAAAUGAUACACAAGAGAUCAGAGAUAAAAUGAAUAUUCAUGAUUGGAACACAAUUCGAGAGAAUAUUGAUGAAAUUAGUUAUGAAAAGGAAGCUGUUAUUUCAACACAAGAUAACGAAACGGCAGUGUCAGUUGACUUAGUGACCAAAAUUAAUAUUGUUGAAAUUGAAUCUGAAGAUGUGAUGGAAGCCUCGAUAGAACAAACUAACAGCUCCAAUUUUGUUAAAAAUAAAACUGCAAACGACUGUCAAAGAUUUUCAGAACAUCAGACACUCGAACAAAAUGAACAAUCGUUUUAUUGUCACACUUGUAAAAUUAACUUUGAAAAGGAGCAAUAUUUUAAAAUCCAUAUGAAUAUACAUGAGGAAAAUACUGUUAAUUGUACAACGUGCUACUUUGCAAAAUGUUCGUCUAUGUACGAUCUGUUUCUUCAUAAACGUAAAAAGCAUAAUAUGUUUAAGAAUAUAAAACGAUUAAAAUACGCGUGUAUGAAGUGUGACAGAUUCUUUGCACAUAGUUCGACUUGGGAGAACCACAAUAAGAAUAAGUGCAUCAAUAUAACCGAUAAGUGUUGCAAAUAUUGCAAAGCGAAAUUCACGACACGUACCAAAUUGAUACUCCAUUUGAGGAAGGAACAUCAAAAUAUUCAAUUAGAGCACAAAUGCAAUCGCUGCGAUGUGGCUUUCAAAAAAAAAUUGGAUCUAGCGAAACAUAUACGAGAGAUCCACGAUUUACAGUCUCCCAAUAAACUCAAUACAAAAGAAAAAUAUGUCUGCAAAUUCUGCAGCAAGAAGUUCAACUCAUGUAGGUUGUGGAAAAAUCAUGGAAGAUUUCACACUGAAGAAACGCUUAGUUCGAAAUGUCACAAAUCUUUUCGGUCUGAUCGAUUGAAAUUGCAUCAUGUACAACGUGAAUAUAAAAAGGAGUAUGUGUGCGAUCAGUGCGGAAAAUGUUUCAGUUCGUCCAAAUUGAAAUGGCAACAUGCACAACGUAAACAUAAAAAGAAGGAGUAUAUGUGCGAUCAGUGCGGAAAAUGUUGCAGUUCGUACCAAUCGAGAUGGGUUCAUAUACAACGUGAACAUAAAAACAAGGAGUAUGUGUGCGAUCAGUGCGGAAAAUGUUUCAC